AGCAAAUGUACUUCAGCCCCUCGCACCAUUUUCCAAUGAGGUUGCAGGGUUGGCCCAAUGGCUCAGUGGAUACGAGAGAGAUAGCGAGAGAGAAAAAUGACAUGGUGCACAUAUCUGGACAUGCGACGCAGUACGCAAUUUUCGGGGAACACUUUUGGCCUGUGCAUGCUAGUUUCAGAACUACUAGCAAAAAAAUGAUACAAAAGUACCGGUGAAUCUCUUUAAAAAGUGGCCAAUCAGCUGAAAUCCAAUCAAAAAAUUAAUAUCUUAUAGUAGUAGUAUUUUGGUCAUAUGAAAUGUGUCCAGAAUAUGACCAUUAUAUAACAUCAUAAUUACAUCAUGUGCCCGUUGGGAUGGAGUACUGUCUCAUGCUCUCUCAGGCCCCAGAGCCUUAGCAGGGUAUUUGGGGUUUUGAAUGACUGAAGGAUUAGAUUUUUUUUGUUUAUGUAAAUUUUUUGUAGAUUGAAUAAUGUUAUUUUCCCUUCCCCGUAACGGAAUAAAAUGUUACCUUGUGCAUUUUUUCACCCCGUCCAGUAGGUGGCGGCAAUGCAUCUUUUGCUUAAUAUUCGCCACAAAACCUCACCGAAGUAGUAGUAAACGGAAGUAAGCAUUGACCAUUUACAAUUUUCACGUUAGCGGUUUGUUGUUGUUAUUUAUACAUUUAUUAACGCCAUGGAGCUCAAAAUAUUACUAAUUUAACUGCAUAGCAUCACAUACUUGCACCAGGUAGUCUUAAAUUUGCGUUGGAGACGGGACUUGGUUGAUAUUGUCUAGGUAAACUAGCUGCAAACGUUAACGUUAGCUAACAAUGGCUGACUGUGUGGUUUUUCACACUCAAAUAGCCUCCAUCAUGGAGGUGUUAGCGAAUGCAGCCGUGGCAAAUAUCUGUAAACUCGUAGAUGACGACUAUGCAGUGUUUCGUAUGGAAAUAAAUCAAAGCCAGAAAGAAAACAGGUCAUUGCGGAGGAAACUACUAGAACUGAAGGUGGCACGGGAGCGCGCUGAGAGGACAAUGCGAGAGCGCGUUCUCGCCAUUCGUCCCAGUAAUGUCAAGAUCUCCGACCGAUACAGAGGAACGGCAAGAGGUGACGGAAAUCUCACUGGAGGCCACAGGAGCUUUGUGAAGCCAGCAGCACACAAAACAUGGAAAGAUGACCAACCAAUCACUGUUGAUGAGGGGAUUGGAACCUCAACCCAGCACGUUAUCAUGAUAGAGUCUGCAGAUGCAGAGGCUGCAGAUCCAGGGGUCAAGCUGGAGAGGUCUGAAAGAGAGGAGGACCCAUGGCACAGCAGAGACACCCAGACUCGAGCGGUGGUAGAGCCCCUUGUAGCCACAAAGGACCCCCCCACCAUCGCCCCAGCGCCGCCCAGGACCCGACACAGAAUCACGGAGGUCAGUGGAACGCAGAACGCCGUCCUCAAGUCAGAGACAGACACGGAUACUUUAACUGUAACACACAGGCUCUUACGCACAGGAUCUGACCACAGAUCAGACCCAGAGAGACUGGGGAAGGGGCCACUGCGCUAUCCUCCUGCUCCCGGCACAGAUUACUUACCGGUAUUUCACCAGAGCCAGAGGAUGGUUCAUUCCCGUGGAGAUGCUGAAAUGUUAGACACUGCUGGUGAUGAUCCGUCUUGUUCUUACACUACAGAGAUGGACCCUGGCAACAUAUCCUUGGGUUUAGAGACACAUACUGAUCUGUCUAGAGGGGACUGGAACCGGUACAGUAGUAGUGUAUACUCUGAAGGGUGCCUGGAUAAGAAAGGGGAGGGUCUGGUCAUAGAUGAGGUGACUGUGAAAGUGGAGGGCGACGCUCCUCUGACAUGGAAUGUAGACAAGACUCACUUAGGAGAAGGAUACUCACAAGGCAGAGAUUUCUUAGAUUACAGGGAAAGUUUGGAGACAAAUCCAAAUGUCACGACCCACUCUCCUUUACACACGGUCAGGGAUCGCGAGUCAGUGUCCACGUCGAUGGGACCUUCCGAUUCACACGACCACGUCCUUUUCGAUCAGGUAUUGAACUCAAAGGGCCAAAGGGCCAAGGGGAGGGGAGGUGGAGCAACAUCAGGUAAAGAGAAACGGUUCCUCUGCAUGUUUUGUAACAAAGGCUUCAGCUGCCUCCAGAAGGUGGAGAUCCACCAAAGGGUCCACACAGGGGAGAAACCCUACAGCUGUACGCAGUGUCAUAUGCGCUUUGCUGAGGCUGGCAACCUGAAGAGGCACCAGAGGGUCCACACAGGGGAGAAACCCUUUGGCUGUACCCAGUGUCACAUGCGCUUCGCCCAGGCUGGUCACCUGAAGAGACACCAGAGGGUCCACACAGGGGAGAAAUCUUACAGCUGACCCCAUUGUGAGAAGAGAUUCUCCUGGAAGAGGUUCUCAGACGGGAACUACCACCAGCAGAAAAAACAUUCCACUCUAUAACAUAGAAAGCAACUAUUCGUCUCAGUAGCUUCUGAUGUUAAGUUCAAACACUGCAUUAAAGACAACAAUUAAUUUUCAUUAUUGUCAUCAGAAAAUAUCAUUUGACACAACGAGAGUAACAGAUUUCAGUGUUGAAUAUUGCUGGGUAGAAUAUUGCAUCCAGACAUUGUGUGAUAUACACUGAGUGCACAGAACAUUAACACCUGCUCUUUCCAUGGCAUAGACUGAACAGAUGAAAGCUAUGAUCCCUUAUUGAUAUCACUUAAAUCCACUUCAAUCAGUGGAGAUGAAGGGGGGAGACCGGUGGAAGGAUUGUUAAGCAUUAAAGAUAAUUGAGAAAUGGAUUGUGUAUGUGUGCCAUUCAGAGGGUGAAUGGGAAAGACAAAAUAUUUAAGUGCUUUUGAAAGGGGUAUGGAAGUGUGUCAAGAACUGCAACACUGCUGGAUUUUUAACAUUCAACAGUUUUCAAUGUGUAUGAAGACUGGUCCACAACCCAAAGGACAUUCAACCAACCUGACAGAACUAUAAGAAGCAUUGGAGUCAACAUGGGCCAGCAUCCCUGUGGAACGCUUUCGACACCUUGUAGAGUCAAUACCCAAAUUGAGGCUGUUCUGAGGGGCAAAAGGGGGGGUGGGCGCGCGACUCAAUAUUAGGAAGGUGUCUGUUUUGUACACUCAAUGUAUGAGGCAUAUAUAAGCCUAAAAAGUCUUACAUAGUGUGUUUGAUUUUAACAUGUAUUGACUCAGGGUUUGAAUACUUAUCUAAUCAAGAUAUAUUCUGUUCUUUUUUUAAAUCUUAAAAGUCAAAUGUUAGAAUUUCUCUUCCACUUUGACAGAGUAUUUUGUGUUGAUCAUUGACAUGAAAAAAAUACAAUUAAAUCAAUUUUAAUCCCACUUUGUAACACAGCAAAAUGUGGAAAAAGUCAAGGGGUGUGAAUACUUUCUGAAGGCACUACUUAAUUUCUAUAAGUUGCUAUAUUGUGCUUGAACGUUGUAGGCUAAAUGCCUAUUUCAUUACUUCCAUACAACUAUUUAAUUUUCCCCCCAAGACACUUGUAUUGAUCAAAUUAAUGCAAUUUAUCAAGCAGAUUUGUAGUGGAGACAUGUGCCUGUGGUGGUUUUCAUGUGUUGUAUUUCAAAUUAGUUUAUGUUUAAUAAAAACAAAAAAUAUAUCAUUCUAA